CAGAUCUCAAUUAAUUCUUCCACUAUGGCUUCCGCUCUUCUUCGAUCAACUCCCGCCCUCCGCGCUGGCCUGCGCGCCCGCUCUACUCCCCUCGCGGCUAUGGCUACCACCAGCUUCGUCCGCGGCAAGGCCACUCUCCCCGAUCUUCCCUACGACUAUGGCGCUCUUGAGCCCUACAUCUCUGGCCAGAUCAUGGAGCUUCACCACUCCAAGCACCACCAGACCUACGUUACCGGCUUCAACAACGCUACCGACGCCAUCGCCGAGGCCAACCACAAGGGCGACGCCAAGGCUGCUGCCGCUCAGGCUCCUCUCCUCAACUUCCACGGCGGUGGUCACGUCAACCACUCCCUCUUCUGGGAGAACCUUGCUCCCAACGGUAAGGGCGGUGGUGGUGAGCCCGAGGGCAAGCUUCUGACUUCCAUCAACGAGGACUUUGGCUCCUUCGAGGCCUUCAAGAAGCAGACCAACGCUACCCUCGCCGGUAUCCAGGGCUCCGGCUGGGCCUGGCUCGUCAAGGACAAGAACGCUGGCACUCUGUCCAUCGUUACCCGACCCAACCAGGACCCCGUCACCGGUAACCUUGAGCCCCUCCUCGGCAUUGACGCCUGGGAGCACGCCUACUACCUUCAGUACCAGAACCGCAAGGCCGAGUACUUCAGCGCCAUCUGGGACGUCAUCAACUGGGGCACUGUCGCCAAGCGAUUUGAGAAGUAAAUCAAUCCAUAUUAGUAAAGUGAAGAGCUUGAGUGGAGAUAAAUGUCAAAAUAGCGAUUGACUUUGCGCGACAAGGCCGACGGAUCGUCGACCACGCGCACUUUGUUUGUUUGCCAAGAUACCGAGUGUAUAGUACGUUGAGGUUCAAUAAAGAAACCUUGAAGAGUAAAUACACAUAGUAACCGAAA